UCAAUGAGCGUAAUCGACGUCGAGUACCUGAACGCUGGCACGAAGCUGGCAAAAACGUACGAUAACAGGGCGAAGUGAGGGGUCCUGUCACUCCGCCAUCCCCAAGGGUCAUAUAGAGGCUUCAAAACCCACGUGGCUAUAUAUGGGACUUACCAUCAGUUUCAGCUCAUGCAAGUUGUUGUUCCUGUCCAGCCUUUUCUCACCGUGACACAUUUCACACUAUCUCUCGCCAUGACGCCUUCCUCAUAUUUAGCAAAUUAUCCCGAGCCACCAACAGACGCAGCUGUCGCUGAUGCUCGUAGAGAGCUCCAAGUCCAGCAAGAGCAGCUCUUAGCGCUCUCAGAGAAGAUUACCUCCGCGGAGGACGCCCUGGCUCAAAUUGUCGUUGAAAGAAAGCGCGCAAUACGUGAUCUACGACGCGAAAAGUUGGCGUUGGAGGAGAAAGUGACUUACACCAAAGCAUAUAUCUCUCCUAUACGCCGGUUGCCACAUGAGCUACUCCGUCAUAUCUUUCUUUUCAACUUCGACGAUCACCCUUGCUGUGCUUGGGUACUUGCAGCGGUCUGCACGCUAUGGAGAAGACUCACGCUUUCGAUGCCGAGACUGUGGUCCAAGAUACGACUUGUAACAAAUCAAAGCGCAACCGCCGAUACCAUUCGACUUUGGCUGGAACGUUCUGGCGACAAGGUUCCGCUUGAUAUCGAAAUUUACUUGCGAGUAAACGGGGUGUCCAAUGAGGGCUCAUCGACCCGUACCCGACCCGCCUCACCUACGCCAUGGCUGCACCCCCCCAGUCCACCACCUCAUUAUGUGAUCCCUCACCCGCCUGGAACAGCAAUACUCCUACCUCCCGCCCAAACUCCCAUCAUCGUCCCUCAGUCACCCUCGCAUCACGACUCAUGGGGUUCACCCCCUCCGCCAUCUUCAAGGAAUACCCCGCAAGCGCAGCGGAAUGCCCACUGGGGUCAUAUCGCAAUAUUCUACCUUAUCGAGCAAAUGCAUCGAUGGCAACGGUUUGUCUUCAGGUUUGACAGGCAGUUUCCAUCUAUGUCUGCGCUAAAAUCAAUAGCUGGUGAUGCUCCCAUACUUAGAGAAUUUGAAAUCUCUUGCGCCGAAACUAUUUAUGCAAGUGAAUGGCCGUGGAUACCGAGCUCAAGUCCGGCGACUAGUAUGGCUCUCGGGAAACUAGAGUCACUGAUGUUACAUCACGUCCCAUUCAAAUGGUCAUCGCCGAUAUUCAAGACCAAUCUGCGGUCCCUCAACCUCCGCUCACUCCCUUCAAAUCAUCUACCUUUAGAUCGUAUCAUGCACAUCAUCGCCAGUAAUCCAGAUCUUGAAUCACUCACCUUGCAUUUCGCUGUUGCUCUGCCAGCUAUCCUUCCUCUUGUCCAGACCUCAUUAUCUCGACUUCGUGAACUGACAUUUGGUGGUCACUAUCAUAUGUCACAACUAGCCGACUCCCUCGUGCUUCCCUCUCUUGAGGUACUCAACCUCGACGUAGAGGCUCGUGACCCGAUAGAAGACACCAUUACCAAUCUCCUGCAACGCUCGAAUAAUCCGCCGAUUACUCGCCUCUCGGUGUCGUAUGGCAGCACCUCGAGUUCGACGCUGUAUUACGGUCCCGGGGGAGUUGUCAUCUCAUGGGGUUUCUUAACGGAUCUUAACCAUCUGGAAUCGUUGAGCAUAGGCGGGACGCCGCUCGAACCAUUUUUGUCGGCCCUCGGAAUGCCCGACGAAGAACAAACCCACUGGGCGUGCCCGAAUUUGACGACGGUGGCCAUGAAAAGUUGUCAUGCCCAUUCUGAUGGGAUCGCGAAGCUGGUGCAGCUCGUGGAAGCUCGCAAUCCGGAGUCGGGAUCUGCGACGAUGGUGAAUGGGGUGAUCCCGACGAGACUGCAACAUCUGGAGUUGUACGAUUGUGCUACACUAGGACAAGAUGUGAUAGAGUGGCUAAAGAAGAGGGUAGAUGAGGUUAUUUGUACCGAGCCUUCGUAUGUAAGGUCUCCUUGAGGUUGUACUGUCGAGCUGGCGUUGAUGCUAUUUAUCAUGCAGGACUCGCGGCUCUAGUUAUUGUGGUUUAGUGGGAUGUUAUUGAUUUGUUGUACAUACCGUGUUGUAAUCCACUUACAGUGUAUACUUAUUUUUGUUUUCAGCAUAUCUUUGUCUUUUCGUAAAU